CGGGGGCGGGGCGCUGGCAGCAGGGGCUGGCCCAACUCGGGGCUACUUUACGCGAGGGGUCAGUGAGAGGUGGAGCGGGGCGCGCACGAUCCUCAGCCCGCGGCUGCCCAGGGCUCGGUCACUUCCUACUGCCCCGCGCCUGGUUGGCUGCCGGCGGCGGAGAGGGGUGGGGUGAUGCGAGCUGCAGCAGGGGACAAGGCGGCUGGAGCGCAGCGGUGCUGGAGCUAGCGGAGCGUGCGGCUGGGGCGCAGCAGCCUGGGGGCAGGCUGGCCAUGGUGGGGCUGAAAGAGGAGCUGCUCAAGACCAUCUGGCACGCGUUCACCGCCCUGGACCUGGACCGGAGCGGCAAGGUCUCCAAAUCGCAGCUCAAGGUCCUUUCUCACAAUUUGUGCACAGUGCUAAAUGUUCCACAUGACCCAGUGGCCUUGGAAGAGCAUUUUCGGGAUGAUGAUGAAGGACCAGUUUCCAAUCAGGGUUACAUGCCUUAUUUAAACAAAUUCAUCUUGGAAAAGGUUCAAGGGAACUUUGACAAAGUUGAGUUCAAUAGGAUGUGCUGGACUCUCUGCUUCAAAAAGAACCUCACUAAAAGUCCUUUGUUCAUUAGCGAUGAAGAUGCCUUUAAAGUUUGGGUUAUUUUCAAUUUUUUAUCUGAGGACAAAUACCCAUUGGUCAUUGUACCUGAGGAGAUUGAGUACUUGCUUAAAAAACUCACUGAAGCAAUGGGGGCAGGCUCGCAUCAAGAACAGUUUGAACAUAAUAAGAACAGUCUCGGUGCCAAUCAAGGUCUUUCUGCAUGGGAAUUGAUUGAGCUUAUUGGAAGUGGACAGUUUAGCAAAGGGAUGGACCGACAGACUAUAUCAAUGGCAGUUAACGAGGUCUUUAAUGAGCUCAUAUUAGAUGUACUGAAACAGGGGUACAUGUUGAAAAAAGGUCACAGAAGGAAAAAUUGGACAGAACGUUGGUUUGUGCUAAAACCAAAUAUUAUUUCAUAUUACGCGAGUGAAGACUUAAAAGACAAAAAAGGAGACAUCAUCUUGGAUGAAAACUGUUUUGUAGAGUCCUUGCCUGACAAAGAUGGAAAGAAAUGCCUUUUUCUGAUCAAAUGCUUAGAUAAAAGCUUUGAGAUUAGUGCCUCUGAUAAAAAGAAGAAGCAGGAGUGGAUUCAAGCCAUUCAGACCACCGUAAGCCUGCUGAGGGUUGGCAGCCCUCCACCUCACAAAGAAGCGCGCCAGAAACGGAAAGAAUUACGCCAGAAACAGCAAGCUGAGCAAGAGGAAUUGGAGCGGCAGAUGAAAGAACUCCAAAUAGCCAAUGAGAACAAGCAGGAGGAAUUGGAGACAGUGAGAAAGCAACUGGAAGAAGCAGCUGCUCGAGCCGCAGUAGAAGAGAAGAAACGUCUUCAGACUGAAAUGGAACUGCAAGACCUAUUCAGUAUGGAGCUAGCAAGAGAGAAAAUGGUAAGACAGCAAAUGGAAGAGCAGGUUGCUCAGAAAUCGUCUGAACUUAAACAGUAUUUGCAGAGAGUAUGUGAACUCGAAGAAAUGUAUAAAAAGCUACAGGAAGCCUUGGAGGACGAGAAACAGGCACGUCAAGAUGAAGAGACAGUAAGGAAACUUCAAGCCAGGUUACUGGAGGAAGAGUCAGCAAAGAGAGCCGAACUGGAAAAAUGGCACUUGCAGCAGCAGCAGGCGAUUCUGAUGACAGAAGCAGAGAAGCAAGAGUUAGAGACCCAGAGGAUCAUAAAGGAACGGGCUCUUCAAGUUGCUAUGCAACAAUUGGAACAGCUUGAACUAGAAAGGAAGCAGGCACUUGAACAGUAUGAGGGGGUCAAAAAGAAGUUGGAACUGGCAGCUAACAAGACUAAGAGCUGGAAAGAUAAAGUAGCUCAUCAUGAAGGAUUAAUUCGAUUAAUAGAACCAGGGUCUAAGAAUCCUCACUUAAUUACUAACUGGGGACCCGCAGCCUUCACUGAAGCUGAACUUGAGCAAAGAGAAAAGAACUGGAAGGGGAAGAAGGCAACUUCUGAGUAAUGAAGGCAGCUGAAAUCUCACUCCACAGCAAUAAAAUGUUUGAUCAUUCCA